UCUCUCUACUCUCUCUCUCUAGAAGGAGAAGAAACGAAGCUUUCUCCCUUCUUCAGCCAUUUCUUCACACAGAGACACAAAUGUGUAUGUGUGUGUGUGUGAGUACAUACACAUGUACACAGAUUGUUCUCUGCUGAAAAAAAAAACGUUUACAGAUUUACAGGGAAGAAAUCAAAACAAUGUUCGUCACUUUAAUGGUUGACGCCAUGUGAUUUCUGACACAUUCUUCAUCUACCCCACCCCCCACACCUCAAUUUCUUGUUUUUCUCCGAAUUCAGAACACAUUACUAAAACUGAAACCAACACAAACUGGAAUAUAGGUUUGAUUGUUAUUGUUUUGGUUUGUUCGAUUUGCUGUAAUUUCUUCGAGAAAUGGCGGCCUCAUCUUCUAGGGGAAGAAGCAGCUCGCCGUUUCACGAUGUAAAACCCUCGAGCCCGUACUCCUCUACCUCGUCCACAUCGUCGAUGAUGAACGUUCGUGCAGUGCCGCGUUCCUGCUCAUCUUCUGUGACGUCAGUUCACGGCGGCGAGGCGUACGGCACUAGAUCCAUGACGCCAAGCCUGAGUAGAGGCGAUUUUCACGGAAGCCGGACGCCGGCGAGCUAUCCAUCGGUGGAUGACCACUUGGCAGGCGAGCCCAUGGAAUGUUCUUCGAGAUCGGGGGAUAGCAUUUCGGUGACAAUUAGAUUUCGGCCUUUGAGUGAAAGGGAAUAUCAAAAAGGAGAUGAGAUCGCGUGGUAUGCAGAUUCUGACAAUAUUGUGCGGAAUGAGUAUAAUCCGAUGACUGCCUAUGCAUUUGACAGAGUUUUUGGUCCUGAUACACACACUGAAGAAGUGUAUGAAGUAGCGGCUCGACCUGUAAUUAAGGCUGCAAUGGAGGGCAUUAAUGGAACUGUAUUUGCUUAUGGUGUUACAAGUAGUGGAAAGACACACACUAUGCAUGGUGAUCAAUAUUCACCUGGCAUCAUACCAUUGGCUAUAAAAGAUGUCUUCAGCAUCAUCCAAGAUACUCCAGGUCGUGAGUUCUUACUUCGAGUGUCAUAUAUUGAAAUCUAUAAUGAGGUGAUUAAUGACUUGCUGGAUCCAACCGGCCAGAAUUUGCGUGUUAGAGAGGACGUGCAGGGAACUUAUGUUGAGGGUAUAAAGGAAGAAGUUGUUUUGUCCCCUGGACAUGCCCUGUCAUUUAUUGCUGCUGGAGAAGAACAUCGUCAUGUUGGAUCAAAUAAUUUUAACCUCUUCAGCAGCCGUAGCCAUACAAUAUUCACGAUGAUGAUCGAAAGUAGUGCACAUGGAGAUGAAUAUGAUGGGGUUAUAUUCUCACAGUUGAACUUAAUUGAUUUAGCUGGAUCCGAAAGCUCAAAAACCGAAACAACUGGGUUACGGAGAAAGGAAGGAUCUUACAUCAAUAAAAGUCUUCUAACACUUGGAACGGUGAUUGGAAAACUUAGUGAAGGGAAGGCAUCGCAUGUACCUUAUCGGGAUUCAAAGCUUACUCGCCUUCUACAAUCUUCACUAAGUGGACAUGGACAUGUCUCGCUCAUAUGCACAAUUACUCCUGCAUCAAGUAAUUUGGAGGAAACCCAUAAUACAUUAAAAUUUGCCAGCAGGGCAAAGCGUGUUGAAAUAUACGCCUCACGCAAUAGGAUAAUUGAUGAAAAAUCAUUGAUCAAGAAGUAUCAACGAGAAAUAACAUGUCUCAAAGAAGAACUUGAUCAACUUAAGAGUGGAGUGCUUGUUGGUGUCAACCAUGAAGAACUUUUGGUCUUAAGACAGCAGUUGGAAGAAGGACAAGUCAAAAUGCAAUCAAGAUUGGAGGAGGAAGAAGAAGCGAAGGCAGCUCUAAUGAGCAGAAUUCAAAGGCUAACAAAGUUAAUACUUGUUUCCUCAAAACACACAAUACCAGGAUCAUUGGGUGAAAUAUCAACUCACCAAACGAGUCAUUCUGCUUCUGAGGAUGAUGAUGAGGUAACAAUGUCCGAUCAUAUGGAUCUUCUUGUUGAGCAAGUGAAGAUGCUUGCAGGAGAGAUUGCAUUUGCUACCAGUACCCUAAAGCGUUUGGUAGAGCAGUCCGUAAAUGACCCUGAAAGCUCAAAAACUCAGAUUCAGAUCAUGGAGCGUGAAAUCCAAGAAAAGCAAAAGCAGAUGAGAGUUAUAGAAAAGCGUAUAGUUGAGAACGGUCAAGCUUCAGUUGCUAGUGCAUCUAUAAAUGAAUUGCAGCAGACAGUCACAAAAUUGAUGGCACAGUGUAGUGAGACGAGUUUUGAGCUUGAGAUAACAUCAGCAGACAAUCGUAUUCUUCAAGAUGAGCUGGAAAACAAGAAUGCAGAAAACAAGGAUUUAAAAGAGAAGAUUAUCCGCCUGGAGCACCAACUAGCUGCAGUCUCUGGUGACAGUAAGCCGCAUGGUUCGGAAAAUUGUGUGCCUGACGUAUAUACUGGAGAGUUGAGAAAGAAAAUUCAGUCACAGGAAAUAGAGAACGAGAAACUAAAGUUAGAACAAGUUCAGAUUCUAGAGGAGAACAGUGGAUUACUUGUACAAAAUCAGAAACUGUCUGAGGAAGCUUCUUAUGCAAAGGAACUAGCAUCUGCUGCUGCAGUUGAGCUAAAGAAUUUAGCAAGUGAAGUUACCAAACUGUCUUUACAAAACUCCAAAUUAGAUAAAGAAAUCCAAACUGCUCGUGAGUUAAGCUCUAGAAGUUCCAGCAGUCAUUCCAGUAAUGGUGGUAGUCGCAAGCAAAACCGUAGAGGUAGAAUACCUGGCAGAGCAAAUGAAUUUUCCGGAAUGGUUAGUGACGACUUCGAGUCGUGGAAUCUCGACCCUGAAGAUAUAAAACUGGAGUUACAAGCAAGGAGACAAAGAGAGGCUUAUCUAGAGGCUGCCUUAGCUGAAAAGGAAAUUUUGGAAGACGAGUACAGGAAAAAAGUGGACGAGGCAAAGAAGAGAGAGGCUGCCCUGGAAAACGACCUGGCAAAUAUGUGGGUUCUUGUUGCUCGUUUGAAGAAAGAGGCCAGUGUUAUGCAAGAAUCAAAGGUGGUUAAUGGAAGGCGUAAUGAAGAUAACACAGACCAAAUAAGUGAUUUAAAAAGUGAUUAUGUUGACAGCAAGGAUUCAAUCCUCCAAAACGGUGGUGCUCAAGAUAAUUCGAUUCCGGCUUCUAUCAUUCCCAAGGAAGCUCCUCUUGUUGUUCGUCUGAAAGCUCGCAUGCAGGAGAUGAAGGAGAAAGAACUUAGGUACACUGGAAAUGGAGAUGCGAAUUCUCAUGUGUGUAAAGUAUGCUUUGAAUCGCCUUCAGCUGCAAUGCUUCUGCCAUGUCGUCAUUUUUGCUUAUGUAAAUCAUGUUCUCUUGCCUGUUUGGAAUGUCCAAUUUGCAGAACAGCAAUUGCAGAUAGGAUUUUUGCCUUUACUUAACACUAAGGUUAAGGGAUUUGUCAUAAUUCUUCCAUGUUUACCUGCUUAUUUACCUCAAAUGGCGGGGGUCAUUCUUUCAUAAGUUAACCUGUAUAAAUUUAUCAUAACGUAAGUUAUCGUGCAUCACUUGUCUUUCUCCAUGCAAUUGUACUGUACAACAGAAAUACCCUUGAUGAAGCAGGGAGGGGGGGAGAGAUGGAAAGAGAGUGAGAGAGAGAGAGAGAGACUGAGGGAGGGAGGGAGAUAUAAAGUUCUAUGGGUGUCACCCAAGUAGAACAUUGUUAAUUUCUUUUACUCACCCUACUCUUUGUAUAAAUCACCGAACUCCUAGUCCUAAUACACCUAUUUGCCAACUCUUAAUAUAUGAGAAGAAAAAAAAAAGAAAAUGAAAAAUGAAUUGUCAAUAAUAAUUACUAUUUUUUUUUAUGAAA